AUGAGUGCAGAUAAUAUUUGCUCGUGGUGCAAUAGCACAGUUGAAAGUAGUUUGCACGUCCUUCGAGAUUGCACAGAUACAGGACAGCUAUGGGGGUCUGUGAUCAACACUAGAUAUCAACGAGACUUCUUUAAUCUGCGAACAAUAGAUGAUUGGAUUAGCUGGAACUUAAAACAGGGUAAAAAAUUGGAGUUUCAAAUGAACAAUGGAUUAUUCAUGGUUCUAUGCUGGAAUAUCUGGAAAAGAAGGAAUGAACGGAUAUUUGAGGGGAAAAGUCGCUUCAAUGAAUGUAUUAUUGCCCAGGCGAAGGGCAUGAUGAGCUGUUUGGAGAGGGUUCAAACAAAGACAAGUUCUAUUAAUUGGUACGGAAAUGGGAUUCAGAACUGUGACCUACGAUGGAAACCUUCAGAGACAAGUUGGGUGUCACUCUGUGUUGAUGGUGCUUUCUCGAUGACCAUGAUCCGCCGAGCAUGGGAGAUUAGAAUCUGUCAAAUUUCUCGUGAUGCAAAUGUUGCUGCAGAUCAUCUGGCGAAACAAGCUCUUGAUGCGUGGCUUGGGUUGCACAUUCUUAGCUUUCCCAUGGAGAGUCUUGGACGUUGCAUGGAUAACACUUAUACUGUAAAUGAGUCUAGAGUUUAG